AUGUACAUCAAUGGUUUAUUCUCUUUUGUAGUACCCCACUCAAACCCACUUCUAAUCCUUGACCGCUUUUACUGGAAUGACAAAAUAUGUGGUCAACACUUAUUUCUGCUAGAUGUUAAAACAAAAGAUCUUAAAGAACUUCAUGUUCCAAGAGUCACAGAUUCUGACAUGGGUUUUAAGAUUGUUGGUUCAUGUAAUGGUUUAGUAUGUGUUACUCAUUAUUCCUUGGACCCAACUUCUACCCUUUUGCUUUGGAACCCAGCCACAAUACAAACGAAACGGAUCCUAGAAGCACAAAACCCUUUCAUGCCUCAUAAGGUACCACCAAAUUGCCUUAUAGGCUUUUAUUUUGACUACAAUGACUUUGAUUAUCAUGUAGUAAGACUUCAUUCUUUUGGGGACACAGAAAGUUCUUGUUGGGGUGAUUCUCUUAGCAGAAUUUGUGUUGUUCGAGUUGAAAAGUACUCUCUACGUACUGGGUUGUGGAGAGAAAUUGAAUGUUCUGAUCCACUUGUAAGGGUGAAUGGAGCUUUGUUUUGGACUGAAAAUUUUGUGACAGUGGAGGGAGCUUUGUUUUGGGUGGCUAUGGAGGUAAGUGAAAAGGUUAGCCAUGAAAUGAUUAUUUCCUUCAACUCAUGUAACGAUGUGCUCAGCAAGAUUGAGAUGCCUGGUUCUGAUAAGGAUUGUUCUGAAGUUUAUAAGAAACUUUUAGUGUAUAAGGGUUUAGUUGCUGUGGUUAUUUGCUCAGAAACUAAAAGUAUGGAGCAAUGCUUACAUUUGUGGGCUUUGUAUGAUAAAUAUGAGGGUGUAAAAUCUUGGACUAAGUUACAGACUAUAGGAAUGUUUUCAAGAUUAGAGCGUCCAGUGGGUAUUUGGAAAAAUGAAGUUCUUAUGGCAACAAAUAAAGCAAUACAUAGUGUCAGUGGAAUCAUAGCUUUGCUUCCAGAAAGUGAUCUUGAAGCUGAGUUUUCCUAUAAUGUCUUCAAUUAUGUAGAGAGCUUCAUUCCUUUGUAUAGUGGAAAUUUGAUGGUGGAGAAUGCUUACCCCAUUGAAAGUGAAGGAUUCUCUUUGCAUGAUAUGCUCAUGAAGGAUAUCACCAUGUUAAGCAUUGGGGACAAUGUAUAG